AUGAGGCCCUCGCCACCUCUGCUCCUGCUCGCGCUCCUGCAUUUCGCGCUCCUGUCCACCAACGCCGCCGCCGAUGGCAAUGGGAACGGGAACGGGACCGGGAGCGGCGACCUGCGCGGCGACGCGAUGGCGCUGCUCGCGCUCAAGGCUGCGCUGGGCUGCCGCCCGGGCGCGCUGCGGUCGUGGUCGGCGGCCAAUGCCGGGUCCGUCUGCUCCUGGACGGGCGUCCGGUGCGGCGCGGCCGGGCGCGUGGUCGCCGUCGACAUCGCCAACAUGAACGUGUCGUCCAGCGGCGCGGCGCCCGUCUCGGUCCUGCUGACGGGGCUCGGCGCGCUCGAGUCCCUCUCGCUGGCCAGGAACGGCAUCGUGGGCGCCGUCGCCAUCGCGUCGCCGCUCCCGGCGCUGCGCCACGUCAACGUGUCUGGGAACCAGCUGAGCGGCGCGCUCGACCUCGACGGCGGCUGGGACUUCGCCUCGCUUCCCGCGCUCGAGGUGCUGGACGCCUACGACAACAACUUCUCGUCCCCGCUGCCGCUCGGCGUCGCGGUACUCCCGAGGCUCCGGUACCUGGACCUCGGCGGCAACUACUUCACGGGGGAGAUCCCGUCGGCGUACGGCGCGAUGCCCGCGGUGGAGUACCUGUCCCUCAACGGCAACAACCUGCAGGGCCGCAUCCCGCCGGAGCUCGGCAACCUCACCACGCUCCGGGAGCUCUACCUGGGGUACUACAACGUGUUCGACGGCGGCAUCCCGCCGGCGCUGGGGCGGCUGCGCAGCCUCACCGUGCUGGACGUCUCCAACUGCGGCCUCACGGGGCGGGUGCCCGCGGAGCUCGGCGCGCUCGCAUCCCUCGACACGCUGUUCCUCCACACCAACCAGCUCUCCGGGCCCAUCCCGCCGGAGCUCGGCAACAUCACGUCACUCACCGCGCUGGACCUCUCCAACAACGCGCUCACCGGCGAGGUCCCUCGCUCGCUGGCGUCGCUCACCUCGCUCAGGCUGCUCAACCUGUUCCUGAACCGGCUCCACGGCCCCGUGCCCGACUUCAUCGCCGCGCUGCCGCGCCUGGAGACGGUGCAGCUGUUCAUGAACAACCUCACGGGCCGCGUCCCCGCGGGGCUCGGCGCCAGCGCGCCGCUCCGGCUCGUCGACCUGUCCUCGAACCGCCUCACCGGCGUCAUCCCGGAGAUGCUGUGCGCGUCGGGGCAGCUCCACAAGGCCAUCCUCAUGAACAAUUUCCUCUUCGGGCCCAUCCCGGGCUCGCUCGGCUCCUGCACGAGCCUCACCCGCGUCCGGCUCGGCCAGAACUACCUCAACGGCAGCAUCCCCGCCGGGCUGCUGUACCUGCCGCGGCUCAGCCUGCUGGAGCUCCACAACAACCUGCUCUCCGGCGCCGUGCCGUCGAACCCGAGCGCGUCCGCCGCCAGUUCGUCUUCGCAGCUGGCGCAGCUCAACCUGUCCAACAACCUGCUGUCGGGCCCGCUACCGAGCACGCUGGCCAACCUCACCGCGCUGCAGACGCUGCUGGCGAGCAACAACCGGAUCGGCGGCCCCGUGCCGGCGGAGCUCGGGGAGCUCCGGCGGCUCGUGAAGCUCGACCUCAGCGGCAAUGAGCUGUCAGGCCCGAUCCCAGGGGCGGCCGUCGGGCAGUGCGGCGAGCUCACGUACCUCGACCUCAGCAGGAACAACCUGUCCGGCGCGAUCCCCGAGGCGAUCGCGGGCAUCCGGGUGCUGAACUACCUCAACCUGUCGCGGAACGCGCUGGAGGACGCGAUCCCGGCGGCGAUCGGCGCCAUGAGCAGCCUCACGGCGGCGGACUUCUCGUACAACGACCUGUCCGGGCAGCUCCCGGACACGGGGCAGCUCGGGUACCUGAACGCGACGGCGUUCGCGGGCAACCCGAGGCUGUGCGGCCCGGUGGUGAGCCGACCGUGCAACUACACGGAAGGCGCCGGAGGCGGCGUCGCGGGGGGCGUGACGACGACGACGACGCGCCUCGGCGGGGAGCUGAAGCUGGUGCUGGCGUUGGGCCUGCUGGCCUGCUCCAUGGUGUUCGCCGCGGCGGCCGUGCUCCGCGCGCGGUCGUUCCGCGUGGACGGCGGCGGCGGCGGGGAAGGCAGGUGGCGGUUCACGGCGUUCCACAAGGUGGACUUCGGCGUGGCGGAGGUGAUCGAGUGCAUGAAGGACGGCAACGUGGUGGGCCGCGGCGGCGCCGGCGUCGUGUACGCCGGGCGCACCCGGUCGGGCGGCGCGAUCGCGGUGAAGCGCCUGCAGCAGUCCCAGCAGGGGCAGGGCGACGACCGCGGGUUCAAAGCUGAGGUCCGGACGCUGGGCAGCAUCCGGCACCGGAACAUCGUGCGCCUGCUGGCCUUCUGCACGAACCGCGACGCGAACGUGCUGGUGUACGAGUACAUGGGCGGCGGCAGCCUCGGGGAGGUGCUCCACGGCAACGGCAAGAAGCGCGGCGCGUCCCUGGCGUGGGAGCGGCGGUACCGGAUCGCGCUGGAGGCGGCGCGCGGGCUGUGCUACCUCCACCACGACUGCUCCCCCAUGAUCGUGCACCGCGACGUCAAGUCCAACAACAUCCUCCUCGGCGACAACCUGGAGGCCCGCGUCGCGGACUUCGGCCUCGCCAAGUUCCUCUUCCGCCGCGGCUCCGGCGGCGCCACCGACGAGUGCAUGUCCGCCGUCGCUGGAUCCUACGGCUACAUCGCCCCUGAGUACGCGUACACGCUGCGGGUGGACGAGAAGAGCGACGUGUACAGCUACGGGGUGGUGCUGCUGGAGCUCAUCACGGGGCGCCGCCCCGUGGGGCCCGACUUCGGGGAAGGCGUGGACAUCGUGCAGUGGGCCAAGCGCGCCACGGCAGGACGACGGGAGGCCGUGCCGGGGAUCGCGGACCGCAGGCUUGUUGGCGCGCCCGCCGACGAGGUGGCGCACCUCUUCUUCGUCGCCAUGCUCUGCGUGCAGGACAACAGCGUGGAGCGCCCCACCAUGCGGGAGGUGGUGCAGAUGCUCGCCGACGAGUUCCCGCGCCACGCGGCGUCGUCGUCCGCGCCGACGUCGCCGUCCACCUCAACCUCCUCGGCGGCGGUGGCGGCUCCGACACCGGGCGGGGAGGAGAGCAGCAGUCCCGACGGCGGCGGGAAGGAGCCGCCGCCGGCCAACUGCUACAAGCUGUUCCCGGACCUGCUGGCCUGA